AUUCUCCUACCGGCUUUAAACAAUUCUUUUUCGUUAAACGAAACUCCUAAAAUGGACGAGCGGUGUAAUUCCCUAAAAUAUAUUUUUAGUCACGGGAGCCAUGUCCACUUUUGUGUCAGCUAUAAAAGUUGGUGCGGACGAUUCCAAAACUUCAGAACUUUAAAGUGAACACAUAACAGUGAGUGCCUUGGAGAACGCUUGGAACGAUUUCAUAUUCAUUAAUCGCUAUGAUGAUUUGCUUGAAGUCAAAGGACGUCGUCUAUACAACCACGGCUGUUCUGUUAGUGCUUUUCGCCGUUUAUGAAUUUGCUGAAAGCAAGCCAACAUUUCAAGCCAAGGAAAUUGAGGAUUUAGAUCUCUUAGCCGGGGACAUGGCAACGGCAAUGGCAAGUGAUUCUGCAGAGUACAGUGGGGACGAAAAUGUACCGCUUUACGAGAAGAAGCGAGUCGGACUAGACACUGAGAGGAGCAAACCGACUAUUCCUGCUGAUGACGACAUCAUGACCUUGAUAUCUUCUCUUCCAGAAGAUAAAGCGGAGGAUGGCGCACUUCUAGGCGUGGGAAAAAGAACCAGACGAGAUACAGCGAAAAACAGCUGUGUACAAGAAAUCAUAUACAAGAUAAUCGACAAUAAAGCUGUAAAAACGGUGGUUUGCGUGGACGGCUGCGAUGAGAUCAGAGGGAUUUACUAUCCCCAGUACAGAGACGAGCCCCAGAUACUUACAGUAGAUUGCAAAAAGAAGGAAAAAGAUACUGUAAAUAAGUUUUUUAGUCAGUAGCUGUAAUUAGAAAUGAUGAGAUCAUUACCAGAGUGGAAAUUCGACUAUUUAAUAAUUUUUAUUAGUAGUUCAACCUUGAACAAAACGAUGUAAGCCAGCUAUGUUGGAAACUAUUUAUUUAUAAAGUUAUUUUGAUGUA